AUGGAGAGCGGCACGCGCAGCUCACCUGCUCGUCCGGGCACUGAAUGCCGUGUAUUGGAGCGGAUCCGCGUGUUGGCCCCCGUUGGUUUCAAGGCAGAAAUGAAGGCGUUGUCCAAACUGGCCGGACCGCUGAUUAUGGCCCAGCUCAUGUCUUUUUCAGUGAGUUUUGUCAGCACUAUUUUCUGUGGUCACCUGGGGAAGACGGAGCUGGCAGGAGUGUCUCUGGCCAUAGCAGUUAUUAAUGUUACAGGUAUAUCUAUUGGCUCAGGUUUGUCGUCAGCAUGUGAUACUCUGAUAUCGCAGACUUUUGGGGGCCAAAACCUCCUGAGAGUUGGGGCCAUUCUGCAGCGGGCGAUCCUCAUUUUGAUUCUGGCAUGUUUCCCCUGCUGGGCGAUCCUCAUCAACACAGAGCCCAUUCUGCUGGCGGUCAGACAGGAUCCAGAGGUGGCCAGGUUGGCUCAGCUGUAUGUGAAGAUUUUUAUGCCAGCGCUUCCUGCUGCAUUCAUGUAUUCAUUACAAACAAGAUAUCUGCAAAACCAGGGCAUCAUAUGGCCACAGGUGAUCACAGGCUGUGUGGUCAAUAUUCUUAAUGCCCUCAUCAACUACAUUGUUCUCCACGCAUUAAAUCUGGGAGUAGGUGGUUCUGCUGUUGCCAACGCCAUUUCUCAGUUCUCCAUGGCUGGAAUUCUCUAUGCUUAUAUCAUGUGGCGAGGUCUUCACAAGGCUACCUGGGGAGGCUGGUCUAAAGAGUGCCUGCAGGACUGGGGCUCAUACAUACACUUGGCCAUCCCCAGCAUGGUCAUGCUGUGUGUUGAGUGGUGGACGUAUGAGAUUGGAGGUUUCCUGGCAGGUCUAAUAAGUGAGGUGGAACUUGGAGCUCAGUCAAUUGUAUAUGAACUGGCAAAUGUUGCAUACACGUUCCAUUUGGGUUUCGGCAUAGCAGGCAGUGUAAGAGUUGGAAAUGCCUUGGGAGCCGGAGAAACAGAGCAGGCAAAACUGUCCGCUAAAAUGACAAUGUUCUGCGCAGGGUCAUUGUCUGUGUGUUUGGCAGUCCUCAUUGGGAGUCUGAAGGACCAUAUCUCUUAUAUUUUUACAUAUGAUGAACAAAUCAGGAGAAGGGUUGCUGAUGUUAUAGCUUUCUAUGCUCCAUUCAUACUCCUAGAUGCAAUAUCAGUUGCCUCGGGUGGCAUUAUACGAGGAGCCGGUAAACAGAAAGUUGGGGCUGUUUGCAACAUUUUGGGAUAUUAUGGUGUUGGUUUCCCUAUUGGUGUGUCACUGAUGUUUGCAGCCAAAUUAGGAAUCAAGGGUCUGUGGACAGGCCUGUUUACCUGUGUGUCUCUGCAAUGCUUGUUUCUGAUUUUCUACCUGGUAAGACUGAACUGGAAUAAAGUUACAGUAGAGGCUCAAAUCAGAGCGGGAGUGCGUGGGAGCUCCACAGACACAAGUCUGCAGCCAGAUGAUCCAACCAACUCACAGUGCCAAACAGACAACGUGGACCUGGUUGGCGCUGAGGAGGGACCAACAGUGAAGGAGGAGCUGUCCCACAGGACUUUGGUUCUGCGUAGGGGCUUGACUCUGGCUUUCAUGCUGUUCAUCCUGGCUGCCGGAAUCAUUAUAAACCUGCUGAUCACUAACUUGGUUAGAUGAAUGACAGCAGAGUCUUUUGUGUUCAGUGGAGUAACUCGUUAGCCACCAGUGCUCAAUGUGAUGUAGAUGUUUGCACUGCAGGAUGUCAGAGCAGGACAGUGGAGAGGCAGGAGUGAAGAUGAGCAGAAAGUGAAAUGCUCUAUGAUCACUGAAAUAACUUCUUAAUAUAAAAUAUUACUCCUAAACCAUUAUUUCACAAGAUUUACCAGUAAAUCUGCCAGUGUUUGGUUCACAACCACAUUCUGUCAAAGAGAAUGAGUCAGACUAAAGAGAGUUUGACAAACUCGGGAUUUUUAACAUGAAACAGAAACAUUGUGGUUAUCCUGGACUCUCAAGGUCAAUCUACUCUUCUAUUGGAACCAGCACAGUGGAGAAAAUUUGAUCAGGAGUGUAUGUAGUAU